AUGAGAAUUCAGAACACCUGCUUGUUGUUUCUAGCUAUGUUAUCUAUUGUAGUUGCUACAACCGAUUUUAUUGACUUCGAUGAUAAAAUGAUCGUUAUUCCUGACGGUAUGAUAAUAACUCGUACAGUUAAUGGUGUUAAUUAUACAAAAGAGGAUGAACAAUUUUAUUAUUCUGAUACAGACAGAUUAACUGACAUAUACGUUGAUUACUCCGUCCCAGUCGCUGCUUUUCAUAGUACCGAAACGGAAGAUAAUCAUGACUUGGUAGUGAGAGCCUUCUUGGCGCUAGGCAGUGCUGGCUUCUGCCGACUAUACCAACAAAUUAGGCCUGGAAGGGGAUCAAAUGCCCGGAAAUUGGAUUAA